CGUGUCACGUCGUGUUUUGAGUAGCAAAGUUGACUGCUAAGAUAAGAUGCGUUGGCCUGUAUGUACCGGAAAAUUCAGAUCCGCAGUGUUGUGGUACUUCAACCUGACCCUUGAAAGUUAGAACGGAAGUCGGUCAUAUGUACUGACUCACCCCAUCGACUAUCCCAGGGCGGCGCGGGCAUCUUGAUGGCUACAACGUGUUAGGAGUCGAUUCCUAAAAUGGAGGCUACCUUGGCUGACGUUUCUGACUCGGGCUGUUUGCGGCCCUUAUGUUCUCUUGGCCUAGAAGUGAUGGCUUUCUUCCUUUUCGGGCCAUAGCGCAGACCAACUCUCCAGUGCACUACAGAACACCUUCCAAUCUCAAACGUUUCUGUCGUACUUGCCAGACAUGACUGGUGGCCUGCGACUACUACGGUCUCUGCAGCAUUUCUAUGGGCUCACCCUGGUGGACCUGUUGUGUUCUUGUUUCCUACGAUCUUGGAGUUAUCCAACAACCGUGAAAGGUGUGUCUGAAUUGAAAGACUGCUCAGCUCUAGCCCAAAGCCAUGAGGACUCCGAACGCCAUUUUGAAAGUUGUAUGCAAUUAUAUACAAACCUUCAUUCAUCCUAUUGGAGAAGAUUCGGCACUGGGACCGUGCAGAGCGAGGACAUGGUUGGGAGUCCGGAGAACAUCCGUUCAGAGCAUGGAACGCCGACUCGUGCCAUCCAGGACCUCAUCGCCUACCCUACUAGUUCAGUCUGGCAGGGUGAAUGGAAGCUCCUUGAACGUCGUGGAAUAGAUUAUUAUGCAUAACGGACCAUUCGCAGUCACCGGUGAUAUGAGGAUUGCUGCCAUAGCUCAGCUUGACGGAAGGGCCAUGGCUUAUAAUUAUCCGCCCCAUUCCAAGCCUGUUUACGCGCUCCCUUCAGCUUUCGCACCACAGCCGGUGAUGCAAAAGUGGAUUUCCCGUUACAGAACCGACGUCUAACACUUUUCCGAA